AGAGAGACAGAGCGAGAGAGAGAGAGAGAGCUCAGCCACGUUUGGAUCAUACAAUACGUGAGCCCGACUAAGCCGCCACGAUCAUGAAUUAACACAUUUUAUCUAUUCUUCUCCUCUUCCUUCACAAACUAGCUCUCUGAUCCAGUUCAGUCGCUUCAUCGCCGACCGACAUGCUCCAUGAACACCACUUCUCGUCCUCGCCGGAACCCCCUGGCUCCCCCUGCUCCUCAGAAUCCUCCAUCCAGAACUUCAUCCCCAAGCUCCCACCCUCUCCCGGCGAUUACUUCGUCCAAGUCCAGAAAGACCGCAUCUUCCGCGUCCCCCCGCCGCAAAACUCCCGGCGCAUGGCCAUCUACACCCGCCGCGCCUCCUCCCGCCGUCGCCGCACCUGCCUCCGCUGCCUAGCCUGGACCGCCGCCCCCAUCCUCCUCCUCGCCGCCGCCCUCGCCGUCCUCUACCUCCUCUUCCUCCCCCAAAAACCCGUCUACUCGAUCACCGCCCUUUCCAUCGCCGGCUUCAACGCUUCCUCCUCCUCCCUCUCCCCUACCUUCCUCGCCACCGUUCACGCCGAGAACCCCAACCAAAAGAUCGGCCUCAGCUACCUCAACGGCGGCGACGUCUCGGUGUCCUUCGCGGGAGUCAGCCUCUGCCGCGGCGAUUGGCCGGCCUUCUUCCAGGGGCGGCGCAACUUGACGUUGUUCCAGGUGCCGAUGACGGGGGCGGGCAUACGCUUGUCGUCGGCGAUGCGUCAGCAGUUGGAAGCGGCGCAGCGACGGCGUGAAGUCGCGUUGCUGAUCGGCAUUAAAGUUCCGCUCCGUCUGAAGUUUGGGGCCGUUACGAGCUGGACUAUGACCGUUAACGCCCGUUGCCACGUCACCGUCGACACGUUGACGGCCGAAUCCAACAUCGUAACGGAGUCUUGCCAAGUUAAAAAUGUAAUUUAACGGAAAUGCCAAGCCAUCUUCUUUCUGAUUUGCGAUUAAAAUACAAGAGACCGUUUUGUCUUCGUGUAGUUUUUAAUGUCUUUAUUUUUCCAAUUUGUAAAUUAAUAAAUGUUUUAAAGUUGCAAAGCGUACUAAUAUUUUUUU